UUCACUUGUGUGCUGAUGGAGGUAAUUCUAGAACAUUUUUUCUCCACCGCUCUGGAACUUUCUGUUGCCCCCUCCUCUUUUCCUCGAGGAUGAUUCUAAGCUUCUUAUAUAAUUAAACCCACCCACCCCUCCAAGUUGCUGCACCACCUUAAACCCCACGCCAAAACAAGCAACUUUUCUAGAGUCCAAAACAAAAUGGCAACAUCUGUCGCUCUAAGGAGAGCCACCGCUUCUCCUCUGUUUGCUAAGCUCACCAACCCUGUUCGUUCCGUCUCUGUUUUUCGUUCCUUCAACACUGAUUCUCGGUCUCAGGUCGCCAACACCGGAGGCAUUGCCCCAGGUGACUAUGGUAGGGUCGAGCUUGAUUGCCGCAGUUCCUCUGAUCGUAGCCCUGCUCGCCGUGGUGAUACUACUCCAAGUUUCUUCUCAGAUGCGUUCGAUCCAUUAUUCCCAGAGAGGAGUCUAAGCCAAGUCCUGAACCUAAUUGGCCAGUUCUUGGACUCACGUGGUGCUGGAGCUUCGAUUGCAAGGCGAGGUUUUGACGUGAAGGAGGACGAGAAUGGUCUUUUUAUAUGCAUGGACAUGCCUGGGCUUAGCAAAGAGGAUGUAAAGGUGAUCGUGGAGCAGAAUACCCUUGUCAUCAAAGGCGAAGAAUCGAAGGAAGGCGAUGGGAGUGGAAGGAGGAGGUACUCUAGCAGACUCGAGUUGCCUUCAAAUCUUUACAAGCUUGAUGGGAUUAAAGGUGAAAUGAAGAACGGUGUUUUGAAGUUAAUGGUGCCUAAAGUGAAAGAGGAAGAGAGGAAGAACGUGCACGAGGUUAAGAUUGAGUGAGGUUUUAUUAUUUGACAGUUGGUUAUGUAGGGGAUGUUCUAGCUCUGUGUCUUCGUUUGUUAAUCUUUCUUUAGGAUUGCUGCUGCAGCCAUGGAAGUCCUGUACUGUGCACACCAAAAAGUGAUGUUUAGAUGACAAAUAUAUUUUAGCCUCUUUUUAGCUCCACAGUUAUGCCUAUAAACUAAAAUUGAAUUUCAAUUAGGUUUUUGUA